AUGAAUAUUACUGCUGAAUUUUCGGCAGUGGAAAAUCUCAUUGCUCAUUUUCAAAACCUCUUCUUAGAGAAAGAAAAGCAAUGGCAUGGUCCAUUCUUCUUUGCACAAGGUGCCGAUUGCCAGCCGGGACUUACCUAUCGAUGGACAGGAACAGAAGCUCUACCAAUUACUUCUGAUAUGCCAAUCACAUGGGAUGUUGAAAUUGCUUCUACACGUGCGGUCAUUGAAAAAAUCAAUCGCAUGGAACCUAAACCAAGAUUUUUUAUUAUUUGUGGUGAUAUUGUCGACGCUUUUCCUAAUCCUUCGAUACCUUUGGUAUGCGUCAGUGGCAAUCAUGAUGUCGGAAAUCAACCGACUCGAGAUAGUAUUCAACGAUAUAUUGAUCAUUUUGGUGAUGAUUAUUUUGAUUUCUAUUGUGGUAGUGUUCAUUGUAUUGUAAUUAAUUCUCAAUUCUAUGUUCAUUCGGCUAAUGUCGAAGAUUUAAAACGAGAACAUGAAGAAUGGCUUGAUCGUGUUCUUAGUGAUAAACAGUCAACAGUAAAGCAUACAAUUAUUUUCCAACAUAUACCUUGGUUUUUGAAUUAUCCAGAUCAGAAAAAGGAUUAUUUCAAUAUGGAAAUCGAGACACAAACCAAGAUCCUUGAGAAGUUUCACGCUGCAGGUGUAAAGAAAAUUUUUUGCGGUCACUAUCAUCGUAAUGCACGCGGUUCGUACAAAUCAAUGGAACAAAUCGUGACUAGUGCAAUUGGUCUUCAACUAGGCAAGGAUAAAGCGGGUAUUCGUCUGGUACGUGUUACAAAAGAUGAGGUACAGGAUCAAUACUUUCCGACGGAUGAACUUCCAACCAACUUUUAG